CCCUCAUUCCCAUCUCACUUCUCUGCUUCUUUCCGUGAGAUCAUUCUGAGAAAAAUGGAGAGAAGAGCUUUUUCUCCGGCGGCAGCAGCAGCUCUUCUCUUCAUCGCCGCCGUCCUGGCAUCUCCUUCCGCUCCGGCGGCGGAAGGGGCGGUUGCGAAAGGCGCAUUCGAGGACAAUUUCAACAUCAUGUUCUCCGAGGAACACUUCAAGACGUCCGAAGACGGCCAGAUCUGGUACCUCUCCUUGGACAAACAAACAGGGUGCGGUUUUCAGACGAAGCAGAGCUACAGAUUCGGGUGGUUCAGCAUGAAAUUGAAGCUGGUCGGCGGCGAUUCGGCCGGAGUUGUCACGGCUUACUACAUGUGCACAGAGACAGCGGCAGGGCCAACGAGGGACGAGGUGGACAUUGAAUUCCUCGGGAAUCGAACCGGCGAACCGUAUCUGAUUCAGACCAAUGUGUACAAGAACGGAACAGGGAACCGAGAGAUGAGGCACGCCCUCUGGUUCGACCCGACCGAAGACUUCCACACCUACUCCAUCCUCUGGAACGACCAUCAGCUAGUAUUCUUCGUGGACAGAGUGCCGGUGCGGGUGAUGAAGAACAACGGGAAGCCGAACAACUACUUCCCCAACGAGAAGCCGAUGUACCUGUUCUCCAGCAUCUGGAACGCCGACGACUGGGCGACGCGCGGCGGGCUGGAGAAGACCGACUGGAAGAAGGCGCCGUUCGUGUCGGCGUACAAGGACUUCAGCGUCGACGGGUGCCAGUGGGUCGACCCGUACCCGGACUGCGUCUCGACGACGACGAAGAACUGGUGGGACCAGUACGACGCGUGGCACCUGUCGGACGCGCAGAAGAUGGACUUCGCGUGGGUGGAGAGGAACCUGGUGGUGUACGAUUACUGUAAGGAUACCGAGAGGUUCCCGACGCUGCCGGAGGAGUGUUCGAUGAGCCCUUGGGAGUGAAAGAAGGGGAUGGCCGGCUGGCCGGCGGUGAGAGAUGGUUUUUUGGAGAAGAAACGACAGCGUUUUUAGUAGACUUUUGUGUAAAAUGUGUAAUUUUGGAUUUGUAUUUUUUGGAUGUUUUUUCCCUUUGUUCUAUCAUUAUUUAUUUCAUUAUUAUUUGUUUAAUGAUUAGUAGCCCAAUGUUAUGGAUUAAAGAAUUAGUUUUAUUAUUUUUUGGUCGUGCUUUGAACAACUCGAGUUUGAAUCUCUUCAACAGAUUGGGUCGAUAUUGUUAGCCGAAAACUUCACGAAAUAUAUAUAAA